ACAAAAUGCAGAAGCUGCAUUUCCAUUUGCUCUUGUUAUCUUUGUCUUGUUGCUUUGUUCUGGCUCUUUCAUGGAGCCAAAGCCAGCAGUUCAGCCAUGCCAAGAACUAUGAAGGCUCUUCUAACCUAGUGGAUCUAGAUUACCACAUGGGUCCUGUCCUGGCUUCUCCCAUCAACCUCUAUAUAAUCUGGUAUGGCCAUUGGAACUGGAGGCACCAAACUACUAUUAGAGAUUUCAUCUAUUCUCUCUCGUCUUCCUCCUCUUUCCCUUCUGUUGCUGAUUGGUGGCGCACUGUCAGGCUCUAUACUGACCAAACAGGAUCUAACAUCACUGGUAGUAUUGUUCUCUCAGGGGAGUUCUAUGACUCCAGAUACUCACAGGGCAGGUAUCUAAGUCGCUUAGGAAUCCAAUCUGUCAUAAAAAAGGCUGUCACUUCUCACCCACGGGCUCUACCUCUCAAUCCUUACAAUGGUGUUUACCUAGUGCUGAGCUCCUCCGAUGUUCAAGUUCAAGACUUCUGUAGGGCAGUUUGCGGGUUUCACUACUUCACCUUCCCAACCAUUGUUGGUGUCACAGUGCCCUACGCAUGGGUGGGUUACAGUGGCACCCAGUGCCCAGGUAUGUGUGCCUACCCGUUUGCAUGGCCCAAGUAUUCAGGAAGACCACCACCAAGCACAAAUGGUGGAAACAAUAUAAUGGGAGCACCAAAUGGAGAUGCAGGGGUUGAUGGAAUGAUCAGCGUGAUAGCUCAUGAGCUAGCUGAAAUGUCUAGUAACCCACUUGUGAAUGCAUGGUAUGCAGGGGAUGCAACUGCACCCACUGAGAUUGCAGAUUUGUGCAUGGGUGUGUAUGGGUCUGGUGGGGGAGGUGGGUACAUAGGAAAUGUGUACAAGGACUCAUGGGGAAAUGGGUAUAAUGUUAAUGGGGUGAAGGGAAGGAAGUUCCUAGUUCAAUGGGUAUGGAACCCAGUGAAAAGGAGAUGUUUUGGCCCCAAUGCCAUGGACUAGAAGUGUAUUAUUUACAUGAUUUCCUAUGAUUUCUUCCGCUAAUUGAUCGAGAAAGCAAGAUGGGGGACCCAAGGAAAGAUGUGGGAAUCAAGUGAAAUGAGGCUAGGGGGACAAUGUACAAGGGAUGGCCCGUAGUGAUGGCACGAAGUAUGACUUUUAUAAAGGAAUCAUGCUUUCCUUUUUGAAUUUGUAGCUAAUCUUCUGUCUUUAACAAAGUUAUAGAAAUACAA